AUGUAUCGAUUGAAAGAACAAAAUGUGAUAUCGGGGAAAAGUAACAUUGAAGAUUUCUGCCGAGAUAUGAGCAGUCCGAUUCAAUCAAGUCUCUCGCCAACUGCUUCUCGUCUAACACCUUAUCUUCCUGCUACGACAGGCAGCACUUCUCGACCAACAUCUGCGCGAAAUCAAUUGGAAGAAAGUAUCACUACACUUCAAAACGAACAAGAACGUGUCCAGAAGAAAACUUUUACGAAAUGGGUUAAUAUUUAUCUAUCGGAGCACGAACCACCAUUUCACAUCAAUGAUUUAUUCGAGGACUUCAACGAUGGAACAAAGCUGAUUGCAUUAGUUGAGACUCUUUCCGGACAACCAUUACCUGUGGAACGAGGUAACAAAAGAGCUCACCAUCUCAGUAAUGUAGACAACGUCUUAAAGUAUCUUGAGAGUCGAAAGAUCAAACUAGUUAAUAUUCGUCCAAUCGAUAUCGUUGAUGGCAAACCGACGAUGAUAUUAGGUUUAGUUUGGAUGUUAAUUCUUCACUAUCAGAUUGGAGAUACGAACAUGUACGAUGAUGAUUCAAAAGAAAGUCGUGGCAAACCGAAGGAACAUCUACUCGAAUGGGUUCGCAAGAAAACUGGAUUUUAUUCAUUACCCGGACAUCGUCGACAAGGGGAUGAAUUGGAUGUCCGAGAUUUUACCACGAGUUGGCGAGAUGGCUUGGCUUUUAAUGCCUUAGUGCACGGAAUUCGACCGGAUCUGGUCGAUUUACGUGAUGUGAAAGAAAUGGAUGUUCGAGAUCGAUUGGAGAAUGCAUUUAAUGUUGCAGAAGAACAUCUCGGUGUGCCACGUUUAAUUGAUGCUGAAGAUGUGGAUGUAAAUAAACCCGACGAAAAAUCGAUUAUGACUUACGUCGGACAAUUUUCUCGUCGAUUUCCUGAUCUACCGUUCGGUUCAAUCAAUAAAGAACAUGGUGAACUUCUUCAAUAUAUCGCUGACACUCGCGAACGUUUAACCGUUAUUAUUGAUGCCCCGAUCAUUGACAUUCAAGCUGAGUACAAGGAUUACUGCCGAGAAUUGCAUGAAUUUGGCGACAAACAAAGACAGUGGAAGAUAUUCGAACGUAAAGAAUCGAAAUCAUCGACUUUUCCCGGUGACAAAUUAAGAGAAAUGAAAGAUUAUUUUGAUGACAUCGCUCUCCGAAUGGACCGAUGGAGAUUUAAACUGGAUACAAAUCUUCCAGGUGAAUUAGGACAAAUAGCUGAUUGGAUCAAUACUGCAGAAGAAGUUUUAACACGAGAGAUCAAUUUUGAUCCAAUGAAAUCAUCACCCGAAGAAAACAUCGACCGUUUCAAUCAACUCAACGAAGAAUACACUGCGAUUUUCAAUGAUAAAGAACGAAUGGUGUCGAGUUUCCAACGUAUCAAACGUGAUCCGACCGUAGUCAACAAACAAAUUUCGCACGAACAUUUAACGCAUUUAACUGAACGUCUCGACUCCAUCAUUCGCACUCAUGAAGAGUAUGGACGAUUCUUAGAUUUUGAAGAAAUACGUUGGAAAGUUCAAUCAUAUGUUAGUCAAUUAGAAAUCUUAGCAACGAUAUUGAAUAAAAAACAAGGCGAUUUAAAUCAAACGGAAUCAUUAUACAGUGAAUACAAACAUCAUAUAUAUGAUGAGAAACUACUGUCAAAUCUUGAAAGUCUUCUACCUGAAUUACUUCGUCGCGCACAAAAUUACAGUCAAUUGAUCAAGAAAGAUGAUGAGAGAGCAAGAGAAUACCAGGUGUAUUGUGAUAGGAUUCGUUGCACAGCAAAAAACGCUAGUAUCGACCUAGAAGCAAAAAAGCAUUUAUUAGAAGAGACGAUCAGUAGUUGGCGAAUCUACCAUGAAUCGUACGAUUCAUUGGAAGAUUGGUUAAACAAAGGCGAACACAUGCUUGGACAGACGUCCGAAGAGAAAAAUAACUAUUUCGCUAAUAUCGACUAUUGGUCACAAAUUCACCAAAAAGUGCAUGCUGCCAUUGAUCGAUUGAUAUCUGUUUGUAAUGAUGAAUACGCUCGAAUGCUUCGAGAUAAAUUGUUAUUUGUCAAUCGACGAUGGAAAGAGGUGACUGAAUCAGUUCAUCAAUUCCGACAUGACGAGUCGAUCAAGAAGAAACGUGAUGAUUUCUAUUCUGGUCGAGCGAAAUUACUAGACACAUUAGAUAAAAUCGACCGUGAAAUGCAAGAAUGUCUGCCAUGUACAGCUAAAGCACUGAAAUCACAAGAAAAUCGUCUCUAUGAUGCUCAAGCCGAAUUGGAAAUGUUCAAUCAAACAGUUCAAGUUCUUUCAAAACUAAGCCAAACGAUCGCACGUGAAAGCGGAGAAUCGAAUGGUUCAACCGAAAUGAACUCACUAUUACAGAUAUGUUUCGAUAAACUACGUCACAUUCAAGAACAAUUACCGAAUAUUCUGAAACGAAAUAAAAUUAUGUUAGGACAUUUACAAAAGUUCGAUGAUGGCUUACAGAAAUGUCAACAAUGGUUCAACGACGCGAAACAAUUGUUCAGUCGAUAUUCAAUUCAAGUUUCAGUCAAACGGAUCGAAGAUUCUCUCGAACAACAUCGAAACUUCUUUGCUGACCUUGAUUACUAUCAAUCUUUACUGGAUACCAAAGCGAAAUUAAUUGUAACGAUGAAGAAAUCAACAGAAAAUUCAGUCCCGUUAAAUUUCGCUCCAGUGGAUGAACAGUAUAAACAAUUAGCAGAUACAUUUGAACAAAUUCGUCAGCAAGCUUCGUAUUGGGAGAAGGAAUUUAAUCAACAUUCACAGUUAUGGAAAGAUUUUAAUCAACGUUUGCGACAUCUUGAACAAUGGAUCGAACAAGCUCAAACGAUUGUCCUGGAAAAACAUGAAGACUACGCAUAUCUCAUACAAAAACAUAAGAAUUUCUUUCAGAUUAUUGAUGAUGAAAUCCUCCACGGAUUUAUCAAAUCCGGCCGUGAAUUAUUACACAUUCGAGAUGAAAGUGAACAGAAGGAGAUUCAAUUUCUUAUGGAUACAUUGGAAUCACGAUGGAACAGCAUUGUUUGUCACGCCCCAAUACGUUUAUUGCGUUUACAAUAUGAACGCUUAGAAAGUAUCAUCGUUAAGGAGUUGAAACAAGCCGAAGACGAAUUAAACGAAGAGUUAAAACAAAUGGAAAGACACAUGGACACAUCGGACAUCCUUCGACGUCAUAACGAACGCUUUCAAUUGAAUAAUUUUCAACCGACAAUGGAAACGCAUUUGAGAAACUUGCAUGCCUAUGCCAAUGAUAUUCGUAGUCAUGAUACAAGCUCAACAUCCAGUCAAGAAAAUGAUCAGAUGGACGAACGAACAACCAAAUUGAAUGAUUAUUGGGCACGCACGCAGACGAAGAUUGAUAACGUUAAAAGAAAACUUCAGAUACUACCGAAACAACGACAGGAAUUUGAAGAAAAAUUUCGUGUGGUAGAAGCGUGGAUGGAAGCAAUCGAACGAUUGAUUAACGAAACACAAAACGUCGAAGUUUCCUUUGAACAAUACAAAGCCACUGUAAACAAAUUCAAGAAUGCCAUGGAACAAGUCGAAAUGAUUGCUCGCGAUGUCAAAGCACUUUCUGCACUGAUGAAUGAACUCAUCGAAGAACACAGUACAGAAGAUCCCGCUCGUUAUCGACAACGACUCGAUGUACUUCUCUCACGUUACAAACAGACACUCGUUUCAGUCGAUGAAGCAUCACAACGUUGCACUGUUAUUGUACCGGCGAAGAUGAUUCAUGAAAAUACUCAACAAUUGCAUACGACUCUAUCGAAUAUCUCGAAUGCGCCAUUGAAUUUUCGAGAUCUAGCUGAUGUUCGUACGGCCGUUCAAGGCCAGAAGAAAGUUUGCGAUGUUCUAGAAAGUUUCUCUCAUCAAGUCAACGAAUUGAGCUCACGAGCUGAUGAAUUGAUGAAACAAGAUACAGCACCGAGAUACGUUCAACAAGAUGUACAAAAUAUACAGAAACUAUACAAUGAAAAGCGUCAAUCUGCAAAUGAGUUAUUAGAGAAACUUCAAGUUUUGCUCGAACUUUGGGAACGUUUCGAUGCGAACAAACGUCGUUAUCAACAACAGAUGGAACGUUUCAAUAGUGAACUAUCUCGUUCGCGAUCAAAUCUAAAUUCUAUACAAUCGUAUCAAAAUGAAAUCGAGAUUUGCAAGCACCUCCAAACUUCUUACACAGAAAUGAAAACAAUUCUUGACGAUAGUGCCGAUCAUCUUCAGGCAAUUUCAUCGAAAAGUUUAUUGCCUUACGAAAAUUUCCAAAAGCUUAAAACAGAGUAUGAUCAUAUGGUGGAAGAACUAGUCGAGAAAGCACGAAUCGUAAAUGAAUUACUACGAGAUUUAACACAAGACAAUGACAAAUGGAUGCAUUUCAAUGAGGAAUUGAAACGUUUAGAAACACUCUUUCGAGAAAUCGGCUCAAUGUUCGAUGCGCGCAUGUUUGGUGAACGACCAUUGGAAGAAAAACAACAAAUUCUCGAACGUAUUCGUUCUGAACUUGGCGAACAUCUACACUCACUAUCAGCAUUACAUUCUGAAGGUUCAAAUCUUCAAUCCCUACAUUCUCGCCCGAAGGAUUUGCCACAAGCUCUGAAUCGCUUGACGCGAUUGCGCACAUUAGCUGAGUCCACAUCAGAAAAGGUCAAUCGUGAAGAAGAACAACUAGCCGAAUGUCGAUCGCACGUUCAAGCAUCUGAGCGUUACAUACAACAAUUAGAGCCGUGGAUUGAACAAGCGGAAGACUAUCUUACAAAGCGCCUCGAUAAAUCCGGUGCUCUAAAUCUCACCGAAGCGAAGCAAUUGCAUGAUAAACAUAAAGAAUUACUUGAAGAACGUCGUCGAAUGCUACUCAUUCAUAACAAUUUAAUCAAUGAAGAACAUACUAUUACCGAUCAGUAUGAAUUAAAGUCUUUUAUUAAGUCGUUAUCCAAUCGUUGGAAUGAAAUUGUUCGACGUUCGGAUGAGCUGACUCCAAGAUACGAUAAACAAUAUUCCGCAUGGCUGUUGUUCGAAUCAGAACUGAAUUCUUUUCGUGAUCAAAUACUCGCCGAACUUGAACAACGUGUCAACUCGAUUAUCUCUACUGAUGUGAACAAGUUAUUCGAUUUGAAUAAAAUCAACAUUUUACUCAACGAACUUCGAGCAUUAGAUGAAAAUAUCCAUCAUCAUACAUCGAGUUAUAAUCGUCUUCAUAAACAAAUGAAUGAUUUGCGACAGUUCACUUCUCCUGAAGGUCAACGCAUUCUUCACGAGGAGCAAAUGUCCAUUGAAACAAGAUGGCAUCAACUCACUCGAUUGAUCACUGAUAAACUUCGUGAAACUGAACGUUUGUACGAAUCUCGUAAAUCUUUUCUAAAUCGUUUCGAAGUGUUCGAACGAAAUGUUCGUGACAUCACCGAACAAAUCGAUAAUAAUGCUCAAAUUCAAACAGCAACAUGGAACCAAACCUAUCAGCGUUUACAACAACUUCUUAAACAAUUACAAUCACUGCAGCCACUAGUGGCAACCAUCAGUGAAGAAUUAACUGAUUUGGAACACGCCGGCUUGGCAAAAGUUGAUUUACAAACAAUUAAAAACGCAUUCGAUACGAAUCGACAACGAUUGAACACAUAUGAAAUUGUCCUACAAAAACGACUCGACCUUUUGAAACAAUAUGACGAACAUAUGAAAUACUCGUUAGAUAUUCGUCACAAGUUACAACAGAUCAAUGACGAACUUCAACAGAAUCCUCAGAUGAAAGUGGAAAACAUCGAUGCGAUUAAAGCCCAACUUGAACGUUACGCAGAUGAUCUACGUACGAUUCAAGCAGAUAGCACGGCGCUUGAUCGUUUAAUGGAAGAAAGUAAUGCAACAAUUACAGAUUCUUCCACCAAUCGAAAUAUCUUUUUCGUCGUCGAAUGUCGAGCGAUCCAAAAUCUAGUUGACACAAUUGAGAAUAAACUCACUCAACGUCGAAUACAAGCCCAAGAGUUAGAUCGAUUAGUUGCAGAUUUCAAUCAAACUCAUACGAAUUUACUUCAGCGCAUUAAUGCGAUCAGCAACAAUCAUCGUUCAGCACAUCUUGCUGGGUAUUCCAUACGUGACAUCGAGGAUCUAAUGGUUGUCAUUAAGACUCUACAACGGGAAGUUCAAGGUGAAGAUGUACAUCUCACCGCUUUACGUAAUAAGUACAAAACAAUUUCAUCGGAUUUGUCGCAGCAAGAACGGCAACAAGCAGAAUCAGUCUUGCGUAAAAUUGAAAUUGAUUUGGUUCAAUUACAAGAACAGAUUGAUAAACGAAAAGAUCGUUUAGCUACAUUAAUUCAACAGCGUCAAGAAUUGGAUCAGAUUUCUAAUCGUCUUAUUGUUUGGUACGACGAUAAACAACGUUUGAUUACCUCAGACACAACUGUUCCAUUGAAACCAAACGAAAUUGAACGUUUACAGAAUCGAUACAAUGAUGCAUUGAACGAAAUCAAACAACAACGAACCACUCUCGAUCAAAUCACUCGAUUGAACGAUGCAAUCAAACAAGGCUACGCUCAUGAAAAUGAACACGAUUGUGAUCAACACACGGAUGAACUAGUUCAUCAACUGAGAGAUUUGGAAGAAGCAUUGAAUGAACGUAAUCGACAAUUACAUGCAACCAGUGAACAGCGUCGUGACUAUGAUCGUUUGACCAAUAAAUUAGCUGACUGGAUUAAGAGUACUGAACAACAAGUAAAAGAACCGUUUUCGAAUGAUUUACAACAAUCGAUUGGUGCAUUGAAAGACAAAUCGAAAACUGUUCAGUCAUUGUUACAAUUAACACGAGAUCGCCGGCAUGAAUUCGAAGAUCUAGCGCGUCUUCAUACAACUGUUGCGUCCACAUUGAAUGAAACCGAUUCUAUCACCCUCGAUGAAAAAUAUACGGUUCUGAAGGAUAAAUACAAUCGUUUAUUGGAUAACUUAACCCAACGUCUUGCUCUUCUCGACGAAGCGAGUCACGAACGAAAUGAAUUCAGCCAGCAACUUGAACAUGUACAAGAACUUUAUCAACAAUUACAGACGGAGUUCAAUCGUCUCAAACACCAAUCACCUCUUGAUGGUAACUGUCCUCCCAGUGACCGACGUGCUGAAAAUUACAAACAAUUAUUGAGACAUUUCGAUGAGACAAACAAUAGCUUUAAGGAAUUAACACGUAUUCAACGUUUACUAACGAGUAAGGGCCAUCGAAUCGAUUUUCGUCUUGGCAAUGAAUUGAAUAUAAAUCUGAAAAACUUCGAUGAAUCGAUCCAUAAUGAGAUUGAACGUAUUGAACGGCUUAUUCAAACAGAAAAUGAAUUCCAUCUUUUGGAAAACGAGUUAGACGCAUCUUUACAGAUGUGUACUGAUCAACUAAAAUCUUCUCAACAUCAACAAGACAAAGGAAUCAUUUAUCAGUCGGUUUUGGAUCGGCUACAACAAGCUGAACAAGAUUUGAACAGACUGAUGCAUAUGAGUGAUCGUCUAGCGAAUGAUCUUCCUCAUUCGCAAUGUGAACACAUCAAACGUACGAACGAACGUCGUCGAGAGCGUCUACAAGAUUUAUUCACUAGUUGCCAACAAGUUCGAGGCGAAUACGAACAUCUGAUGAAAACUCAGCAUAAAUUGAAUGAAGAUUUGUUAUCAACGAUCGAUUGGCUUCGACGAAUUUUUCACGAUUUACAGCAACCGCUAGAAUUGAAUCUUUCGUUGAACAAUGUUGCCGAUUUUCAACAAUCGCUCAAACAAAUUGGACCAUCAAUUGAUCAACGUAUGGCACGAAUUGAACAAACUCUAGAUGAAGAACCUAAUCUUAUCAAUGCAGGCGAUGGAGAAAUUCGAGAACGACUAGAAACAGUCGAAGAGUUGAAACAUCAAGUGAAAAAUUUGCUCAAUAAACAAACAAAUGUUGUCGAUGAUGUUCACCGACAUAUGAGUCACUACCUAAAACUAACUACGGAAGCGAAAGCAGUACUUGGCGAUAGCGACCUUAAAUUAGCAUCGUUCUUCGAUGGAUACGAUCGUCAUCGACUCGAUGAACAUGAAAAACAACUUAACUAUCUGGAAGAGAUAUGUGCGGAGCAGAACUAUCGGUUAGCCGAUGCUCAUAAGUUAACCGAAGCAUUUCGAUUACAUUUACGAAACAAUGCGAAAGAUUUAUGUGAUAGUCAAUUGAGAAGCUUUCAUCAAACUAUCGAAGAUCUCGAAUCUCGUAUUCAUCAACGUCGAAAGGAACUCGAUGAAAUUCGUCAAAAAUCCAAUCGAUUCAAUUCGAGUGUUGCCAGUUUACACUCCGAUGCUGAUCGUAUUUUACAAAUGAUUGAGAAAUCACCUGAUUCCGCAGAAAAUUUGAUCACAGAAAUGGAUUCGGCCUUUUCUGCUCUACAUUACCUUGGUCGCGAUUUGAAAAAGUCACUGGAUGUGAACAGUUCAACAGACAUCGAUCGCGAAUUGAAAGAAUUAGCAACUUCAGUAGAAACAAUCCGCGAAAGCCUCGAUCGAGGCAAAAAGGCUCAAGAAGAGAAUGAAUCACUUCGCGAACGUAUUGAACGUACUUUGAGUAAAAUCAAAUCAUUUACUAAUCGUAAACGACAAGAAUUGCACCAAAGUUUCGAUAGUGGCUACGGAAGCGUGGAUUUAACUCGACGAUCCGUGGAAAUCAAAAGUUUUAUGAAAGAUAUUGACUUAGAAAGUUCGCUGUUAUCCGAAGUGGACGAUAUGAUCACUGCACUGUUCGAAAAGAGAUACGAUCAGCAGAUCGUUCGAAGUUUAGAAAAGAAACAUCAAGAUGCUUUACAAGAUUACCAAAAUUUGAAAAUUGAGACAACAAAAACAGUCGAACAUCUCGAUCAACAAGUUGAAGAACAAGAAAAACUGAGACAAAACGCUCGAUCGAUAUCGACAAUCAUUCAACGUAUUAAAGUUCAAUUGAUUGAAAUUCAUCCAACUUUGACCAAUGAAGGUGAUCAAAAGCUAAAAAAAAUCGAUGAAGAGUUGGUUCAUCAUUUCGCUCUGUUCGAGCAAGGCAUCGUCGAUUAUAAAAACGAAUUCGGAAAUCUUUCUGAUGACUUAGACAAAAUGAUCGGUCGAGUUUACGAAGAUAUGGAGGAUAUGAAAGUUCGUAUGAAUGACAAAUCUGCUGAAUUACAUGACUUUAACAAUAUACGAAAUGAUUAUGAAAAAACGAUGGAUACCAUCAGCAAAAAUAUCGACACAAAGACUCGUCAAGCAAAUACAAAACUCAAUGCUAACUUAUUAAAAGAUUUAACUAGUGAAAUGCAUAGUCAACGUACCUUGAUCGAUCGUGUUCAGUUGUUAUCCACAACAUUAAUUCCACAAUUGACUGAUUCUGACGAACGCGAACGUGUUCGUCGUCGUGUCAGUGAAAUUGCACGUCGAUGGACCGAACUUGAACAAGACUUACUCAGUAAACAGGAAGAUAUGAAUGAAAUGAACUUUAUUAAUCAACAAUAUGCCGAAACAAAUGCGAUGUGUGAACGUUGGAUCAAACAAACGAAAGAUGUCAUUCAUGAAUUAGGCAAUUCGAAAAACAUUGAAAUAUUCAAUCAAUUCAUUCCGAAAGCCAAGACAAUUCUCAUGGAAUAUCAAUCAGCUGUCGAUCAAAUACAACGAUUACGAAAUCGUCUUAAUCGACUUCUACAAACGAGUAAAUCUGUUGAAGCAACGCAAAAGUUAACUGAUCUCGAUCGCCUAUUAAAAGAUUUAUCCACUCAUCAUGAAAACCUCGAACAACGUCUAGAACUGAGCCAAAAGAUUCAUUAUCAAUUGAAUGAAUUCAAUAAACAAUACAUCUUCUAUGAACAGUGGAUAACGAAUAUUCAUCGAACAAUCGAAUCUAUUCUGGAACAGCCAUUGACAAUCGAUGAGAAACUACAACGUCUACAAGACAUACAAAUGGAAUUAGAUAAACGAAAACAAAUUCUCAUGAAUCUUACACAUGAUUAUCCCCAAAUUGAGCAAAUUGUUGCGGUAGCUAUACAGAAUUUGAUCGAAACCAUUGAUCGAAUGAAGACGAACGUCGCACGAAAGCAAGAGGAAUAUGAGCAACAAAAUCGACAACAGAAAGAAUUUCGUGAUCGAAUCGAAUCAAUCUUUGAAUGGAUUAAACAAACUCAACGUCAUGAAUCUUUAAGUAGUAAACAGGAUUUAGAUACACUUCAACAAGAGAAUGCACAGCUAAAUCAAAAACAACAGGCGAUACAAGAGAAAUUGAAAGAGAUCGACACACUCUCACGGAAUAUUAACAAUUCAAAAUUACCAAAUGAUUGUUUACAAAAACUACGCCAAGAGAUCGACCAUUUGAAAGAACGUUUAAUCGAACUGAUAAAAGAACUUGAGAACCGAUCGUCGCUGAUCAAAAAGAAAAUUCGAGAUGUUGAAGAACAUCAGCGUAAACAACGUCUUUAUCAAGACUCACUAAAUAAGCUUUCAUCACUCGUAGAGCAUGAUACACUAGCACCUGGUCGAUCUGUGGAAGAUUCACUGAAAACUUUGGAAGAACAAAUGAUAAAACUCGAAUGUGAAAACGAAGAACGCGAACGACGCAAACGUCAGCGUAAACAAGAAUGGCAAUUAUAUAUGGAUGAAAUCAAUUUAUUAGAAGAGAAACUGAAUACGUUAAAACAGCGAAAAUUGAAUCCACAAAAUUCGAUUGAAGAACAAUUACACUUUAUACGCAGUCAAAAUCAAGAACUUGAUCAUUACCAACAAGAACUGAUCAAUCUGAAAAAACAAGGUCAGACCAUGUGUUUCGAAGAUGGUAAUCCCAUUCCAUUACCAGCCGAAAUUCAACUCAUACAAUCAACGAUCUCUUCUCUCAAACAACAGUUCGAUCAUCGCCUUCAAGCUUUGACUGAUGCCGAACAUUGUCGUGAUAUUUAUCUGAACGAAUGUAAACUGUACGAAGGUGUUUAUAAUACCACCAUGGAACGUUUGAGUCGUCCGGUGUCGUUGACAUGUACAAAUGAUGACUAUGCUCGUCAACUGAAUGAACAAAAGAGUUUAAGUCAACAAAUGGAUGAAAAACGUCGACAACUAAAUAUUUUCUACGAUAAACUUGACCGCGAAACACGUGCGCGUUAUUCAAAGCAACAUUUUGACUUGGAAAAACGUUCGAAUGAUCUACAAGAUAAAAUUACUCAACGAAAUAUUCAUGGAGAAUAUCUAUUACGAAUCUGGAAAGAAUAUCAAAUACGACUCAACGACAUCUGUUACCAAUUGGAUCAGAUUGAGAAACAAAUCCCAUUAAAUAAACGAUUAUUUCCAUUUCAACAAAUUCAAUCGACUUUUGCUCUGUACAAAGAGUUGAAUCAGAGAAUUCUGAUACUUGAACCCGAAGUUUUACAUCUGAACGAUGAAAUUCAGAUGCUUUGUAGUGAAUUGAAUAUUCUUUCAUUGCAAACCGAGAUUCAAAAUGUCACUCAAAACUUUAGUCGAAUUGCCAAUGAUAUUCAAGAAAAAUACGAAAAUCAUAAAACCGGAACAGUAUUUUCAACUGAUAUCAAACGAAAUCUAGCCAUUCUUGAAGACACAUUGGGACAAUGUGCUAGUGAAUCAACUGCACACUAUGAUGGAAAUCUCAGCGAACUUCGUAUACAAUUAGAACGAAUGAUGGACGUGGAAAAACGUCUUGAUAAUGUUGCUGAUGUUUAUUCUCAUACAUUAUCCUUAGUCAAACGAUUAUCUACCUACAAUCUCUACGAUCUCAAAUCCACUGAAAGUCAUCUCGAAUGUCUGCACCAAAAAUGGACCGCAAUCAAGACGGAUAUUUUACGACAUGAGAACAUUCUCCAUCAGAAUAUUAUCAAUAGCUUGCCAACUCGACAAGCUCGUAAGGAAAUGGUGAUUUUUAUUGAUACGAUCAAACGUUUGUUGGAUGAUGAUCAUGGUGCGCCAAUCAACAACAAAGAAACAUUACAAAAACUACUCAAACGCUAUCGAGACAUGCGUGUGGAUGUGUUGAAUCAUCAACGAACGAUCGAUUAUCUGAACGAAUCAUUUCAACAAGAAGCGAAUGUCGAUGAGACAACAAUUGAUUAUAUGGAAAAUAUCAAACAAAUUAACAUCGACUGGACAAAGAUUAAGUCAUUGAUAUCGGCUCGAAUUGACACAUUAGAACAACUCAACGAUCAAUUCAAUGAUUUUGAUCAUACUAUUCGUACAUUGUCCGAUUGGGUCCAGGAACAAACAUCCGAUUUGGAAUUUAUGCGUACGAGAACAUUGGAAGCAGGAGUGAAACAUAACAUUAAAAAAUGCAAUGAAAUGGAAAAUCAAUUGAUAAGUAAACAGCAAAUCCUUUCUUCAUUGAAAACAUCCAGCAGUCGAAUGGCAUCGUCUUCAUCCACAUUUCGCAUCAUAGAUCAAGACGGUACCAUUCAAAGUGUUCGUUAUACACUUGACAAUCUCUCUCCGUCGAUUGAACAACUGAAACUCAAAUCAAAAUCGAUUCUCAACGAUUGGCAGGAAUACAAUCGGGUUCUACUCAAAAUGGAAAAGAUUCUUCAAGAAGCCGAAGCAGAAAUCGAUCGAAUAGAAACCAGUGCAAUGAAUGUUGAAACUUAUGAAAUGAGCACUCGAAAAGCACAAGAUUAUCUACAAGCGAUGGACGCUCAUCGACACGACUUCGAUCAAAUAAAAACCCACACGCAUCAAUUAUCCGAUCAGUGUGAUAAACAAACAUCAACACGAAUCAACGAGUUAACUCAUCGUAUUCAACAGCAAUGGACCAGUGUAAAACAGCAUUUACAGGAUAUUCUCAAACCGUCACGAGAAGUUGUGGAUAACUGGAGGCAGUUUAACACUUCGUAUUUGCAUUUACUUGAUCGACUCGGUGAACUCGAAGCACGAUGGUAUACAAUUCAAAAGGAGAAAUUCACUUCGGAUAUUGAUUCACUUCUUGACAAAGCUCGAGUAAGUUUUCUUCUUGGAAACGAUCAAGUCUUUACAGUUGUUUUGCGAUCAAAGGAUUUUCAACAAAGUCUGCAACAACUCGAUACUGAAGUACUCAAACUUCACGAACGUGCAAAGAAACUCAGUAGUCAUCUAUGUCCGAUUGCCGCAAAGAAAAUCGAUACACAAUACGCAGUUAUUCACAAUCAAUACUCCGAAUUGCAGAAUUUUCAAAAUAAACUUCUCACCGAUUGUAACGAACUCAAACACCGUGAAAAGAUCUAUUUAGAUUACUUAAACGAACUCACUCAUGCCAUCAAUCAAACACAAGCUGUCCUCAAAUCUCAACAACUAAACGGAGAAAACGAUCUUCAUAAUCUGAAGCAACUCCGCGAACUUGACCAGCUCCUACAAUCCAAACACGAUCUCAUCGAACGUUUGAACUCCAAUGAAUUUAUUCUUUACAUCAAACGUGCCAGACAAUUGCAUGAAUUGAUGAUCGAAUAUUCUCAAUGCGUGGAAUCGGUAAAAAAUCGUAUUCGACAAAUCGAAGCCAAUGAAUACGGCAGAUUAAACUUUGACAAACGUUGCCAAAAAUGGCAUGAAUAUAUCCAAGCAAUUGAAAAGAAACUAACCGUGGUUCAAGAAAAUCUUCCUACGAAUUACCAUGGUCUCAUCGAAAUCGACAAGAACCUUUCGAAUAUCGCAACUGACUUCAGUCAACGACAGCAAGAACUGAUUCAAUUGAUCAAUGAAGGCAAACAGUUGGUAGAAAACCCAAGUAAUUUCAUCAAACUCGAACAACGUUGGCAAAAUGUCAUGAGAGCUGUUACGAAAAAGCAUGAAGAGAUCAAAGAAUUGAUCAGACUUUGGUUAGCUUAUCAAACACAUUUAGAAAAUUACUACCGUUUAUUGAGAAAUAAAUGUGAAAAACAACAGCAAGAGUUACAGACUGCAAACAUCAGUAAAAUAGCCCAGAUAAAACAAGGUUCAUAUGUAACAACGAUUGACAAUGAUGAAUUGAAAACGUUGCUGGACAAGAUCUAUGAAGCCAAUCGACGUCUGAUCAAACAUUCCGAUGUUAAAACUCAAGCUAUUCUGGAAAAAGAAUGGAAUGAUUUGCAAAAAUCUCUUCAUGAAAUUCAGAUGAAUAUCAAACAGAAAUGUGAAACUUUAGUUCAACCCCGAAAUAGCCCUCAGAAGGAGAAGACAGAUCAUCAAUAUUUAUGCAUUGAACUCGAUCGAACGUUAGAUGAACUGGCGAACUUAGUUAAAUCAGUUCGAACAAUUCAGCAGCAGCCGACCGAUGAUUUAACACAAUUUCUUCAACGUUGUCACAAUAAAAAUCACGAACUGACACAACGUCGGCCUGAAUUAUACCGUGCGCGACAAGCCAUUUCUGAAAUCUCUCCGGAAUUACACUCCGAAGAUACUCGACAGUUGAUCCAAAAACUAAAUCUACUGGAAAUUCAAUGGGGUGAUGCUGAACGUAUCCUAAUCGCAUUAAUCGACAGUCUAACAAAACGCCGUUCGGAAUAUCAAGAUUUCGAACAGAAGUCCCUACGAUUAAUUCAGUGGUACGAACAUUUUCGUAGCAGUGAAUUGAAUGAACGAUUGAAUGGCUUAACACUUCAAGUCACACUCGACGUUCUUAAAAAUGAUAUUCGAAAUCUUCUCGGCGAAAAACGACGACUAACAAAUGACCUUCUAGUUCAAGCACGAUUGUUACAAUCUCAAUCAUUGGAUCAGAUAUUUAAAAGCAAGAUCGAUCAAUUAGAACAGAUUAUGAACACAACGGAACAAUAUGUUGAGAAGAAAAUUAAGAAGAGUGAAAUGACAUUGAAAAUGUUCAAUGAUUUCGAGCACGGUGCAGAAAAUAUUCGUUCGUGGUUAGAUUUAGUCGAAGGAAAUCUACAAAAACAACAACUGACGAAUGAUUUAUCUGCUUACCAACAACUCAUUGCUUCAAUCGAAUUGGAUAUCGAAAACAACGGUCCAGCUGUAACUAAUCUUCUCACACUUGGCCAUAACUUAUUACAAGAUCCCGAUAUUCAUGCACAACAUACAGAUUCAAUAACCCGUACAGUACAAAGCGUCGAACAACGUUGGAAAGCAUUGCGAGACUUAUUGACAAAGCGACGAUUUGAAUUGGAUAGCGUUCAAGAUCCAUGGCGAGACAUGGACGAAGCGAUCAGACGUGCAACUAGAAUGGUUAGUGAUCACGAAGAGGUCUUAGCUGAGAUUAAACGGACAAGUGCUAAUGGAUUACAAGGUGUUCAAGACGAAUAUCGAAAUCUUGAAAAUUUACAACGUAAAUUAGACAAUGAUGAUAAGGAUAUUCAACAGAUCGCCAAAGUCUAUUCGGAUAUCCUUCAUACGCAUCCAAAAGCAGAUGCCAAAGGCGACAAAAUCAGUUGUAUUAAAGAUCUAAAUCACCGUUGGGAAGUACUGAAUAGUACAGUUCACGAAUCAAUGAAAAAUUUGAAAUACAUGUUGAGUAUUCAUGGUGACUUUCAAUUAACACAAGAUUCGCUAGUAGUUUGGUUAGCGGAUCUGGAAGUGGUUUUGACCAAUCUCGAACAUUUAUCUGAAGCACCACUGAAUAACAAACUACAACAACUAGAUGAUAUUGAACGUGAAAUUCUAGAAAAACUAUCGAAAAUUGAAUAUGUUCAAACAUGUGCUAAUCAUUUACUUAGUAAAACUGUUGAUGCUCGUGGUUUAACGAUUGAUGUUAAUCAACUAUCGAAAUUUUGUCAACAACUGACGGAUUUAAUUAAACGUAUUAAAACAAUCAAACAGAAACUGAUUAACGCAAAUGACCGUCAUUUGGAUUUGAUGAGCACAUCACGCGCAUCACCAACCCCAUUACGACCUCGAUCUCCCGUACGUCCGAUUCGUCCUCGAGAUCGUUUUCUCCGACCUUACGAUCCAUUAGAAUUCGGUGAUCGACUUCAACGUGCAGAUGAAUUACUUGCUGACUUCGAAGAUAUUCUACUGCAAAUUAAUAGUGACUUCCGUAGUAAAGAAGAAAAUCUCUAUGCUCCCACACCAAGUGGUAUGCAACUUGAUCAUUUACCGGAAGAUUUCUCCUACACUCGAUUGUUGAUCUCGACCCAUCGAAAGAUUGAAGCACUGGAUCAAAUACUGUCUCAGAUACGUCAGGAACUAGGUGCUUAUUUGAUACAAGAUCUGAGCAACGAUCCAGCAGUACUCGAUAUAUUCGCUAAAUGGCCGCGUUUGCAACUGCUAGCUAGUAAUAAGGAUGAAGAAUUGAGUCGCCACUGUCUGCAAUGGAGAGAUUUCAAACGACAAUUGGAUAAUCUUGAACAUGCUACUCAACAAUUUUCGAAUCUUGGUUAUUCAGCAUCUCGAACAACUUCUCUGAGACCAGAUGCCCAGCAACAAUUCAAUGAACUUCAAACGCUUUUACAAUCAACAACAGACCAAGCCAGUCAGUUCAAUGACCAUUCUAAUGAAUGGGUUCUUGUUGAUCAUCGUCUUCAAGCACUUCGAGAUAGGUUUCACAAUCUAUCGUCAUCGAAAUCUCGUGAUAUCAAAAUAAGUCCAGAAGCAAAUCGUGGUUUGAUCGAUAUCAAUUGCCAAUUAGAUCAUCUUGAAUUAUUAAUACAUUCAUUAGAACCAGUUGAAGAUAGUGAAAUCAAUCAGAAUGUUAAUCGAACAAAACUUCAUCGUUUUAUUCGUAUUCAUGAUGAUUUAGAGAUCUUACAUGAUCGUUUGAUUACUCUCAAUGAACGUCCUUUAUCGGCUACCACGAACGACCAAAUACGUUUGACAAAUGAUUCGAAGUUCAUCUUAGAUCGUUUGAAUGCAAUGAAACGUGUGGUGAAAAUUUAUCUUGAACAGUUAGAAAAAUUCUUAGCUACACGAGAUUUAAAUCAAAGUCUAACAUCGUCGAAACACUCUUCAGUGAGAACAUCGAAUAAUAAUCUCGAAGUAAUCAUAUUUGAAUGUAAUGAUUAA